UCUCGAUGGAACGUCUCCAGUUGCAGUAGGUUCGGACUGGAGUGAUCAUCAACCAGACGUUGUGCUAACUUCUCAUUGAACGGUCUUAUUGACUUGUUUCGGAGACAUGGCUUUUGUCACUCGUCAAAUAAUAAGGACACUAACAACGUCUGCGACCCGUAAUGCAGCAAUAAAAACCGUAACAAUUAUUGGAGGCGGACAAAUGGGCGCAGGUAUCGCACAGGCAACAGCUUCUACGGGCCAUACCGUUGUGUUGGUAGAUACCAAUGAGGACAUACUGAAGAAAUCUGCUAAAGGAAUUGAGGGCAGUCUGAAAAGAGUGGUCAAGAAGAAAUUUGCAGACAAACCAGAAGCUGGAGAGGAGUUCAUUCAGAAGGUUAUGAAGAACGUUUCAACAUCUACAGAUGCAGCUGCAGCUGCCCAGAAAUCUGACCUGGUUCUGGAAGCCAUUGUGGAGAACCUCAAAAUCAAACAGGGUCUCUUCAGUGCUCUUGACAAGGCAGCACCCCAGCACACGAUCUUUGCCAGCAACACAUCCUCACUCCCUAUUACAGAUAUUGCCAGCUCAACGACAAGGCUUGACCGAUUUGGAGGUCUUCAUUUCUUCAACCCUGUGCCUAUGAUGAAACUUGUUGAGGUAAUCAAAACCGACUCAACGAGCCAGGAAACCUUCGAUGCACUUAUGGCCUUUAGCAAAGCACUCGGCAAACAUCCUGUGACAUGCAAAGAUACACCCGGAUUCAUUGUCAACCGUCUGCUGGUGCCAUACAUGAUGGAAGCAAUUCGACUGCACGAGAGAGGUCAUGGAUCCAAAGAGGACAUAGAUAUGGCCAUGAAACUUGGUGCUGGCUAUCCUAUGGGCCCAUUUGAACUGCUCGACUAUGUGGGUCUGGACACAGCUAAAUUCAUCAUUGAUGGUUGGUGCGCAAUGGAACCGAACAACCCCCUGUUUUCCACAAGCCCAAUGCUAAACAAAUUGGUGGCCGAAGGGAAGUUUGGCAAGAAGACAGGAGAAGGAUUCUACAAGUAUAAGUAACAGCAAAGUUCACCUGGUAAUGGAAGAACAAGCAAGGGCUACAUAUGACAUGAGAUUACUUAUCCUCAGGUUAAGAAAUGGACUCAAUAAAUCAAACAUAACUUCUGUGCCUUACAGUAACAAAAACUUGCCUGUUGUGAGUCAUUAUCUCAAUAUUUGCCUGGAAAAGUAACAAUAUAUUAAAUGGAUUAAUUCUGUGA